UUUAUCAGUUUCAUUCAGACAACCUUUAUUUUCUCCAGUUUAGAGCUCCAGAGAAAAAACUCUGAUGAUGAUCUGAUUAGAGCAAACCAGCAAGCUCCACAACCCUAAAAGCCAUAUUUCUCUUCAUAUCUAAAAGCCCUUUUUUUUCUUUCUCGAAAACCCUAUUUCUGUUUAUAACUUCAUAACUCAUUUCCUGAAACCCUAUUUUAGCUUUGAAUCUUUAUCAGGUAGAAGACCUUCCGGUCGGUGCAGUUGGGUUUAUCUUCAGAAGACUUUCAGGUCAGUUGGAUUUCUCAAAGAACUACAGAUAACUAUGGCUAGGGGUCCUAGAAGUAGCAACAGAUCUCGUCGUUCUGCAACUCCUAGCACAAAUUCAGCAUCUACUUGGCGUCCUUUGGUUGAUACACGAAGAUCUCCAUCAAAUGAUGGUUUAGGCAGUCAUGGAAGUCCAUAUGCAAGUAAUGGGCACAUGUCUCUUCCAUCGUCCGAGGGUGAGCAUUCUCCCGGUCAGGGGAGUCCAUUAUCUGGCGGUGAGCCAUGGCCUGAGGCUUUACAGCAGACAAACACCGAUAGUGAAGCUGACAAUAGUGAAGAAAGCGUAAUUGGUGAUCAACGUAUUCCAAUUGCAUUCAAUGACAACGGACAACCUAUAGGUCCUACCCGUAGGACAUUUUCCACCAAACUUGGAAAGAUAACCAGAAAUCUUGCUUCACCAGGUUAUAUAACAUGGAAGGAUGUCCUGCUGCCAGUGAAGGAAUCGAUAUGGAAGAGUAUUACUAAUGACUAUAUGGUUCCUCAAGUUCUGAAGGACAAAGUACUGAAAAGGGCACAUAAGGCAUGGAAGAAUUCAAAGACUCCCCUAAGGCUGAUAUGUGAUAAAUAUACCACUGUUGCUGAAAUGAAAAACAAUAGACCUGGAAAUGUGAGGAAAGAGGAUUGGGAGAAAUUUGUUGAUAUGGUGAAUAAAGAUGAAGAUAGGGUCAUUAGGGAAAAAAUGAAGCGAGCUAGGAAAGAGUUGAAAGCGUUGCAUAGCAUUGGUAGGGUUGGUAUUGCAUCUCGCCGGGAGGAAAUGGAAAAACAAAAUCCUAUUGUUCAGGUAACAAGAGUUGAUUUGUACCUGGUUACACAUGUGUACCAGGAAGUCCCUGAAGAGGACCUUGCAAAUUUGGAUCCCUUAUCUUAUGAAAAAACGGUGAGGGAGUUGUAUGCAAUGGAAGAGAACAGAAAUGAGACCCCAUUAGAUAAGGAUGCAGUUGCAAAGACAUUUGGUGUUGAUGGAAGGGGUACUGUUCGAGGCAUGGGAGGUGGGGUUUCAAAGACUGAGUUACGAGCAUCCGCAGUUAGCAGAGAACAACUACGACAGGAAAAGCUAAAGACUGUAGCCGUGGAAACUCGUGUCUGUGGUCUUGAGGAGACGGUUGAGGAACUAAGACAGUUGGCUCUAAAUGCAAACCCUAGUACCAGCAAUCCUAGUAAUGCUCAGCAAAUGAAUGUGGGUGGUCGAAGAAUCCAGAAUAUUGUGUUAAGGAAUAUGCGUUGGGGUGCAGUUGCAUUUGGUCGUAUUGAUAGGAUUGCUGAUGAAAAUGAUGCUUUUUAAUAUCUAGUCCUCAUUGAUGUAAUAGUGGGAGGUAGUGAGGAGCUUUGCGUUGGAGAAGGAACUCUUUCUACUGUUUCACAUGGUGAGAAGAUUUUGUGGCCCAAGCACUCUGUUAGUCCUUGGCCAGUAACACUUGAUACAGACUUUUAAAGUUAGAAGUUUGUUUUCCUAUUUUGGUGGUUGAAAUGGAUAUUUUGGAGGUUUUUUGGGACUUUUUUGGGUAUACAAAUGGAUGAUGUGAAGUACAUGGGGAACAUGUAACUAUCUUGAAGAAAUAUAUGGAUAUGGUGUGUAAGUAUUUUGGGGUAACUAAGGAUAUGGUGCAAGUAUUUUGGGAUCAAACUUGUGGUUUUGAGUCUCUUCUCUUCUUUUGUAAAGAAGAAACUCAAAACUGAAUCUUAAGUGUCAUAGAACAUGCAAGUGUUAUGGUUUUAUAUAUAUGUAGCUUUAGCAGGUUUCAUAGCCCUGUUAUUACUUAAUGAAAUAUUAGUAUGUUCACUUAUACA